AUGUACAGGUUUUCAGACUGUGGACUGACAGAGCAGUGCUGUGAAACGGUGGCUUCGGCUCUUCAGCUAGAGGACUGUCCUAUGAGCGAACUGGACCUGAGUCACAAUUACAGCAUCGAGGCGGGAGUGAAGGCGCUUUCUGCUGGACUGAAGAGCCCACACUGUCAUCUGGAGACACUCAGAACUGAGCCUAUGGGUGAACACUUGAUCAAAGCAGGGAUAAGGAAGUAUGCUUGCGAUCUCACGCUGGAUCCGAACACAGCUCAUGUUCUACUGUGUCUCUCCAACGGAGACAGAACGGCGACAUGUGCAAUGCAGAAGCAGCCGUAUCCAGAUCAUCCAGAGAGAUUUGAAUCAGUCCAACAAGUGCUGUCUAGAGAGAGCCUGUCUGGCCGCUGUUACUGGGAGGCCGAAUGGACUGGUCCGGAGGGGACGGUCGGGGUGACGUACAAAACCAUCCUGAGGAAAAGUGAUGAUCUUUGUAUAGUAGAGGCCACCGGGCAGCUUGGAAACAAUAGUGUGUCAUGGAAAAUUACCUGUGCAUCUUUCCCAUAUGUUUCUCACGCUGAAGACGACAUUAAUAUAAAGGCUUCAUCCUCUUGUUCAUCUAAAAGAGUGGGUGUGUAUGUGGACACGACGGCUGGCGUUUUGUCCUUCUACAGCGUCUCUGACACACUCACACACUUGUACACCUUCCUCGCGGCUUUUAAAGAUCCUCUCUAUGCGGCCUUCAAGGUGGACAGGGACUCUGUGUCCUUUUGUCAGAUUUAACCUGAAAGCCUCUUUAUCUUACAUGUAUGUGCACAUUUAUUGCCAUCUUGUUUUACUCUGUGUGACUGAGUACAACUUCAAAUCAAAUUUUUUUUUGUUAUGCUUAAAGUCUCAUUUAAGUCUUAUUUGUUCACUUUGUUAACCUAGAUGAUGCCCAUACUUUGGUAUAUAUAAUAUAAUUAUGUAAACAUUGUGAAAUUAAUUGCAUUAACAUGGGAAAAAGCUUAUUUUCUGCAUUUACUGGUUUGUUUAUUUAUUGAGAUCUGAAAAUCAAUAACUAAACCAACUGAUAAUUUGCUGAACAAGACAUCUGCAGCUUACCUGCUGGACAAAUUAAAAUAGUUUAAUUUGUGUUUGAGGACAUUUACACAACAUUUAUUAUUGAGA